CAGAUAUAAUAUAUAUUUUUAAAAAAUUUGUUCUUUAGAAAAAUCUCCGAAAAUGGCGACUCUCUUCACUGCGACGGUUCCUUCUCACCACCGUUUCGUCUCUCCUUCCCAACAUCCGAAACAGAGUCUUCCAUCGCAGUCGCUAAGCGUCACUUUCACGGAGAUUCCAGAACCAGCGGCGGUGAUCACAUUGCAAGAGCAGCAAAUGACGGAUUGGAUUGCUUCUCCGGUGACGCGACGAUUCGGAAUCGGCGCCGGGUUUACCUGUGCUGGGUUUUUAGCUUUCGGUGUUGUCUCCGAGCAGUUGAAGAAGUCACGACUCAAUGUGUUUCUGGAAGACGAUAACACAAGAGGUUUAGAAAAGCAAGAAGAGAUCGUCUUACCAAACGGCAUAAGGUACUAUGAUCUACAAGUUGGAAGCGGAGCUACUCCAAGCUCAGGAUACUUAGUAGUGUUUGAUGUAAAGGGACAAGUACAUGGAACCGAACAAGUGUUCGUCGACACAUUUGGAGGCAAAGACAAAAAGUCACUAGCGAUGGUAAUGGACUCAAGACCGUAUAGCAAGGGACUAUGCCAAGGUAUAGAGUAUGUUCUCAGGUCAAUGAAGGCUGGAGGUAAACGUAGAGUGAUAAUUCCACCGUCCUUAGGAUUUGGAGACAAAAAUGUCGAAUUUGGACAGGGUUUGAUGAUUCCUCCAUCUGCAACACUGGACUAUAUCAUCGAGGUUGAUACAGUUUAUUGUUUCCAAACCAUUGUAUGAAGAGAUUACGAAGCAAAAUAAUUGAUGUACUAUAAAGUUUCACACUUUUUUUUCUUGUGUGCACA